AUGGCGGAUGAAAUGGACGUGGUACAGGGAGCAGUUUCACCAUCGGAAGAUAUUGAGCUAACAAUUCGACAAGCAUAUCAAUCGGAGAGCGAUCUGAAGUUCACUUGUCCUCUGAGCUGGACAAUCAAGCAAGUGAAGGAGCAUGUCAAAAAUUGCCUCAGCAGUCACCCGGAUGUACUCAAUCAGCGUUUGAUUUUCUCAGGAGCUUCUCUGAACAAUGAGCAAGUUCUCUCAGAUGUUUUGAGGGAUAGAAAUCACGUACCUGGCGACCAAGUGUUCUUCCACCUUAUGAUUACGCAACCAUACCAACCAGCUACACUAAAUUCGGAAGUUCGUCAAAGAAAUGUAAACACAAGUGGAACUCAAAACUCGACAUCUUCCACAAACUUGAAUUCCAUGGUUCACCCUGCUUAUGCUCAAAACAUGGUCGCAUGGCAGCAAUACUGGGCAGCGUACAAUCAGUUGUCUCCUGAUCAGCAAACAUCAGAACAUCAGAGAUUGAUGAUGCAUUACUAUUCAUAUGCAAUGAUGAAUCCAGCAACACCAAUAACUCAAGUCACAGUGAAUUCUCCUGAGCAGAAUGCCGCAGCUUGGCGAGCAAGACUUCACGGAGUGGCUCACCAUAUAGAUGGCCAAGCAAAUGGAAAUCAAGCUGCUGCUGCACCCCGGCAAGGAAGAGUUGAUCUUCUGGAAGUAGGAUAUAGAAUCUUCAAACUCGUUUUGUUGUUCUCCGCUAUUCUUCUCUACUCAUCCUUCGAACGUUUCGCUUUGGUGUUGUGCUCGGCGCUAUUCAUCUAUUUUAUCCAACUCCGCAGAAAUCACGCGAGAAACAGAGCACAAGCUGCUGGUGCUGCUGCGCAACCGGCAAAUGAUCAGGAGCCACUUGUUAACAACAACAAUAAUGGAGAAAACGAUGGAGAAAAUACGGCGCCAGCAGCGGAAGCAGAAGCGUCCAACCCUUCCGACGUUCCUGCACCACCACCGUUGCCACAGCCAACUACAAUGCAAGUCUUCAUCGCAACGACCUAUUCGUUCGUCACCUCAUUCUUCGCAUCCCUUGUUCCUGAUCAUCCUAUGCCGAUGGAUCUAAACUAG